AUGGCUCCGGGCGAAGGCAUCUAUGCCACCAGCUACAUCGCGCGCGAUGGUGUGGCUUUACACUCUUCCUGCGACCCAAGAUCCCUGAAGUUAGACUACUUUGACGCGUCCUCCCCAGAAGGGGUCAAAGUCACGAUUAAGUCAACUCAAGGCAUCCUUGUCCUCACGGCCCUCCGGAAGGGAACGGUUGUGGAGGACCCGUCAGCUUUCAGAUCUACCGUUAGCAUUACAGGCGCUUUCAACAGCGAAGCUGUGGAAGGAUCAGGUGCUAUUGAGCUCUAUUUACCGGAAGGCACCGUGGAUGUUGGAGAGGAGCUGCAUGACGAGUUGUGA